AUGUCUUUCUUUCUAAGCAUGUCAAAUGGCAACAUUUUAAGGAGGGAUAUUAAGUGUGGUCCAACUUCAUGCACCACAGAGUCUGGUGAUCAAAUAUGUUGUCCUGAUGGUAAAACUAUUUGCCCAAAGAAUCAAUGUGGUGGUGAUGCUACUCAAUCCGUUUGUUGUGAAGAACUUACAAUUGCUUGUAAUGGUAUUUGUUGUGGCCCG